UGUGAUCUAGUGCUUUCCCCUGACCGCGGAGAUUUUGAGGAAAAGCAGAAGAUCAGCAGAAUCAUUGAUCUCUGAAGAGGAGAUUACAGCGGGAGGAAAAUGUUUCGCAACCAGUAUGAUAACGACGUCACCGUCUGGAGUCCUCAGGGGCGUAUUCACCAGAUUGAGUAUGCCAUGGAGGCCGUGAAACAGGGCUCUGCCACGGUCGGGCUGAAGUCUCGCACUCACGCUGUCCUUGUGGCUCUUAAGAGGGCGCAGUCAGAGCUGGCUGCUCAUCAGAAGAAGAUCCUCCAUGUGGAUAACCACAUCGGCAUCUCCAUCGCAGGGCUCACCGCGGACGCCAGGCUUCUGUGCAACUUCAUGCGGCAGGAGUGUCUGGACUCCAGAUUCGUGUUCGACCGGCCCCUCCCUGUGUCCCGCCUCGUCUCGCUGAUCGGAAGUAAAACCCAGAUUCCCACACAGCGCUAUGGCAGGCGACCCUAUGGAGUUGGACUGCUCAUUGCUGGCUUUGAUGACAUGGGCCCUCACAUCUUCCAGACCUGCCCCUCGGCCAACUACUUCGACUGCAAAGCUAUGUCCAUCGGAGCACGUUCACAGUCUGCCCGCACAUACCUGGAGCGCAAGAUGGAGGACUUCCUAGACUGCAGCCUGAAUGACCUGGUGCAGCACGGUCUCCGCGGCCUGCGAGAGACCCUUCCAGCAGAGCAGGACCUCACUACCAAGAACGUGUCCAUUGGGAUUGUGGGUAAGGACAUGGAGUUCAUCAUCUACGACGACGAUGACGUGGCCCCGUUCCUGGAGGGUCUGGAGGAGAGGGCUCAGAGGAAGGUGGUGCAGGCUGCAGAUGAUCCAGCUGCUGCUGAGAAACCAGACGAGCCAAUGGAACACUGAGCCCAGCCUGGACACGCCCCCGUCACCCUGGACACGCCCCCUGUCCGUCAGCAGGCAGAACCGGUCCAAACUGCACUCUGUCUCAGUUCAGUACUUAAACCCGGAAGGACAGCCUGUCAUUCACUUUUUUUCUACAAAGGGUUGCUUUCAUCUGCUUUUCUAUUUGUAAAAAGUUUUGUGUCCAUGACAACCAAAAGGAUAAUAAACUUUCUGUUCCUCCUAAAACUAAA